UGCGUCACGUGACUGUCGUUUCCAGUCAUGGCCGACGACUACAGGCGACAGGGUUUUGAGCUAGAAAGAAGGAUUUUUGAGUUGGACAACAAGUGUGCUAGCUUAAGGAUAGAAAAGCCAGAUGAUGACUAUUUACAGAAUGCAGCCGCUAUUCUAGAUAAGUUGAAAAACUUUUACAGACAAGGGGGUGAGAGCGGCAGUCUCCCAAAACUGCUACAGGAUUACACACAGGUAAUUCUUGACAUCACCUUCUAUGAGGAGAACAAGCUGGUGGACCAGGAGUUCCCAGAGGAGUGCUCCCCCUUCAGGAUCCAGGAGCUACUGCAGGACCUGACGGAGCCAGAGGUGCUGUCUGGGAGACUAGCACCAGCACAGGAGGUGCAGUCUGUGCUGGGCCUGGAGCUGCUGGAGUGCCUGUACUGGCGGCGAGGGGCGCUGCUCUACAUGUACUGCCACACCCUGCACCAGAGGAAGCAGUGGAUCAAGCAAAACAAGGCCACCUUCCUCAAGUGUCUUCAAGAAGGUGUGCGGUACCUCAUGAGGAUGCUGCAAGUACGGAAUUCAGUCAAACUGAACGACGGCGUAGUUUUCCAUGACUCAACGACAGCUAAUUUUCUGUCUGAAGGUAUCUUCUCAGACACGCACCUGCUGACAAUGAUGUACAUUGGCGAGAUGUGCUUCUGGGCGGUGAAGUACGAGGACUGCAACGCGGACUCCACGGAGCGCAAGGAGGAGCGGCUCCACUUCCGCGACAUCGGCACGCAGAUCCUGCACAAAUACGUGUCAGCGUGCGAGGGGCCCCUGCAAGGCCAGGGCUGGAACACGGAGAACGCCAAGGAGAUCCUUAGCAUCUUACAAUAAAUAAUAAUAAAAUAACACAGGCGGGCAGGGCGGGGCGGGUAUAGGGUGGAGUGUAUGUUGGGGUGGGGUGGGUCAGAGAGCGAGAGAGAGAGCGCGAGAGAGAGAGAGCGCGAGAGAGAGAGAGAUACUGUUGAGUGAGUGUUGGUGGGGGUGUCGUGUGGGUGGGAGAAACACAGGGACAGUGAAAUUGUCCCUACAACAAAUUUUAUGCUCUAAAACCUAAAAAAAAGAAGAAAUGACAAAAAAGAAGCACUUACCCUCCAGAUCCCUGACGUCUGGAUGGACAUUUCAUUUGUUUGAGAAUGUGGUUAAUUUCUUUUUUUUUUUUUUUUACAAAAAAAUAUAGUAAAGAUAUAAAUCUAAACAAUCACAAAAGCGAUAACCUUUCUGGGAGAGAAACAUCACUCAAACCGUAGUUUUGUAUUUAUUAUUUUUAUUUUAUUUUUUUCUCGUUUUUUAUUUAUUUAUUUUAAUUUUAAUUCAUGACAUUUAUAUAACAAGAAGGUGCACAUACCACAAACAUGUUAAUUCUAUAAAUUCCGUACCCUUUUAAAUGCAAGCCUUUUUUGUUAUGCCAUCUUUGUAUCACUUUUGCUUAAAUGUAAAAAGUACUCCUUUCUCCACUUUUUGGCAAGAUGUGUCGUGAACAGAUGAGAGUUUUGAUAUUUUGAUAGUACAUUUCUAAAAGGAGAACUGUACUGUGUUGGUAUUCUUUCAGAAGUGCAUUUCAUUUUUUAAUGUUCUCAUCAAAAUAAAUUUUGGGUUAAAAAAAAA